AUGUGUAAACAUAUUCACUUAAUUUGCAAGUAUACUCAAAUCGAUUUGACUAAAGAAAGUACCAUUCCAAACAUAAAUUUCUUAGCAGGUGAUGCUGACAACCUGGUGAUUGAAUGCGAUGACGAGAAAAGGGCUUUAAUAGGUGCGGUUAGCAAAAUAAGAAGAGAUGAGGAAAAUUCUCUGAAAGAAGCUAAGGAAAAAUUAAUUUUACAGCUAACAGGGCAAAUAAAUAAUUUAGUUUCUUUCGAAGAAUUAAAGGCUGUACAAAAAAUUGAAGUCCCGAUAAAACCCACCAUAGAUGCUAUAAGAAAUCAAAAAGAUAUCAAUUUGGGUUUUCCAUCCACAUCCAGAAUACCCUCCAAUAAAAAAAUUAUACCCCAAAGGAAAUUUUUUCCAACAAAAAAAAUUAAAAAGGAAAGGAAAAGUUCAAAAUUGCAAAAGCCGUCCUCAGAAGAAGCCAAUAUGCUAGCUACAAAAGUUUUAAUUCAAAAAUAA